ACAGCAGUAGCAGCGAUGAAUGGGGUUAGUUGAAGACGGUUGUCUUUUUAUCGCAGAUGUAUAUUUAAUUUGUAACAAAUGAACAAUGUCUUCAGUUCAGCGUCUGAGAGAGUUCGUCACCGAGCGACUAACUGCUGCUGCUGAAGAAAUAUUUGGCGGCUUUGAAAAAAUUAUCGUCCAGUACGAGGAAGAGAUCGGUCGUCAGCGCAGACUGCUGGAUAUCGUUUGGAAACCAGAAGUAAAGCUAAUAGAACUACCACAGCAACAUGUCUGUAAGGAGGAGGUGGUUCUGGCUGACCAGCAGCUCUGGAACCAGGAGAGGAACUCCAGUCUGGACCAAGAGGACCCAGAGCCUCCACAGAUUAAAGAGCAACAGGAGGAACUCUGCAGCAGUCAGGAGGGAGAGCAGCUUGGACUGAAGCAGGAGACCAAUCCCUUUAUGUUGACUCCUACUUAUGAGGAAAAUGACCACAGUGAAGCAGAACCAACCAGUGACCAGCAGCUCCUCUCUCACAGCUCUGCUGUAGCUGAGAGCCAGGAUCAGGAAGGAAGCCAACCUGGAGACUCAGGAUCAGCUAGUAAUGCAGAGCCAAAGCCAAAGAGGAAACGCCACAAAGACACAAGUCACAGUAGCAGUGUAGACACCUCUCCCCUGUCAGAGACUCACUCUGAUCCUCCCACAGAUAGAAAGUCUUUAAAGUGUGACACCUGUGGGAAAAUGUUUAGGUAUAAGUCCCAUUUUAAUAGACAUCUUAGAAACCACAAAAUGGAGAAUCGGUAUUGCUGUGAAAUGUGUAAGAAAAAUUUCAGAUAUAACAGUGUGUUUUUGAUCCACAUGAGGACUCACACAGGUGAGAGGGCAUUUGUUUGCAAGACCUGUGGGAAAGGAUUCAAGAAGUCAUCAGCUUUGAAGGUUCAUUUAACAACCCACAUACUUCAGUAUCUGAGAGAGUUCGUCACCGAGCGACUAACUGUUGCUGCUGAAGAAAUAUUCGGAGUCUUUGAGAAAACUGUCAUUGAGUACGAGGAGGAGAUCGAUCGUCAGCGCAGACUGCUGGAUAUCGUUUGGAAACCAGAAAUGAAGAAAGGUGUCUCUGGUAGCCCCAUAAAUUCCUCCUGUUAA